AUGCCCAAACCACCUCAACUGGUUCCUCUCGUUUUGGAGGAGCAGCGACUCUUCUCUGAGGCUCUCCUGGAUUGCCGAGCUCCUCACCCUGUCAUAAAGAGUGAGGACCAUAGUGUGAUUUCAAGGUACAUCUACCUGUUGCUGGGAGGAUGUGUCCUAGCUACUGUUACAAUGGGCCAAUACUGUUUGAUAGUGUUGACCCCUGCUGCAACUUUUGUACUGCUUCUACUGUCAGUCCAUCCCCAGCAUGUUCACUUUUGGGGAUUUUUCGUACAAAUGUGCUGGCAAACUCUGUGGCACCUUCUCAUCCAGUACAAGGAGCACUGGCUUCAGGAAUCCAUAGACAACAGGCUCCUGGUUGCCAUUUCUUCACUGAUGCUGCUCACCCAGAGAGUGACAUCCCUGUCGAUGGAUAUUCAAGAGGGGAAACUUCAAUCAUUGCAGACCAAGGCACAGAGCUCUGUUCGUUAUAACUUUCCUUUAUGGAUCCCAUACCUUAGUUACACUCUUUUUUUUCCAGCACUGCUUGGAGGACCCCUGUGCUCUUUUAGUUACUUCAGGUCCUUUGUGGAACAGAAUGGUCUCAGCUCUAUUCCUUUUCCACUGGGAGCUGUUCUACAAAAAACUUUGCUGGUCUUAUCUUUGGAAGGAGCCAAAACUUUUCUAAGGUGCCAUUUAAGUAGCAAUUCCUUAAGCCAAGCUCAUUUUAAUGUCCUUGAAGGCAUUCUGUUCAUCUGGGGUAUUUCUCUGUUAUAUAAAUUGAGUUACUAUUCUCAUUGGACCCUGAGCGAGUCUCUGAAUAAUGCAGCAGGCCUGGGGUUCAGAGGCUACAACAAACAUGGCAAUCCACUUUGGGAUGCCUUAUCUGAUGGCAAUAUCUUGACUCUGGAGACAUUAACCAGGUUAUCUCAUUUUGCUCGCAUGUGGAAUAAGACCACAGCAGAAUGGCUUCGCAGACUGGUGUUUCAGAAGUGUCAUGUUAGUCCUUUGUUACUUACUUUUGGAUUUUCAGCUUGGUGGCAUGGGCUUCACCCAGGGCAAUUGGUUGGGUUUUUGUGUUGGGCUGCCACUGUAGAAGCUGACUACCGCAUUCAUCACUAUUUAAGCCCCUAUAUGGACUCUAAAGUGAAGAGGCUCAUAUAUAAAGUUCUGACCUGGUUCCAGACUCAGUUAGUGAUAGCAUGCAUUGUUGUCAUCAUUGAGCUAAGAUAUCUUUCCUCUGUGUGGCUUCUGUUCAAGGCUUAUAUAGGCCUGUUCCCUCUACUUAACUGCUUGGUACUGGUUGUUCUACCUAGAAAACAACAAAUUAAAGUUCUUUAUUAGGCCUUGUUUCAUUCAUCUUUGCAUUCAGUAUA